AUGCAUGAGCUUUAUUUAAAGAAAUAUGAUAAAGAAAUGUUUAGAAUUUUUGGCAUGAAGGAAAAGAAAACAGAGUUUAAGCCAAUAGUGACGUACGAUUUUUAUUUUAGAUACUUGAAGACUAACUUCAAUCUCUCAGUUGGAAGCCCAAGAUCUGAUACGUUCAAAAUGUGUGACUUGUUUAGCACCGAAAAGAAAGUUGUUGUGUAUGAAGAAGAAAAAAACACAUGUAAUGCGAGAAUUCUAGAAUUGGCGUUAAAUGUUGUACCGGACGUCUCUGCAGAGAAAAAAGACUCAGACUAUACGAGUAUAACAUGUAACUCAAUAGCAAUAGAAGACAUGCCCGUUAUAUUUAUUGAUGACAUGGGCAAUGUAUCACAAGAAAUUAACAGUGAGAUAUUAGCACCCUGUCGAGAGGAAUCUGACGAACCAAUUUUAACCGAGUUCAAUAAUAAUGUGAACAUUGAUUUAUUAUCUACUGAAAUAACAGCUAGUCCAAUCAAUGAUGAAACACAUUCUUCUGUAUUAGAGUCGAACUUGUCUACAAGUAGUCAGGACUCCAAUGAGAAACGUAUCUCUGCAUUAGUACCCUAUUCCGAUUCUGGUACCGAUUACACCGAUUCGGAUAAUUCUUUAAGUGAACCAGAAAAAAAGAAAACCAAGGCGAAAGAGAUGUCAAGUAAACACAAUAAAUUGGACAGAUCGCUGCAAUGCAAAAAAAAAGAAAAAGAGGUCAACGAUAUUUUGAUAGAAAGAAACAAGAUGGCACAUGGAAAAAUAAAGUAA